AUGGCUCACAGGACCUUCCGUAUCCCCGAGAUCCUCGAAAUCAUCCUGCUGGGUCUGGACACGAAGACACUGCUCCUUUCGACGCGAGUGUGUCGCACGUGGAACGCCCUCAUCAGAUCCUCCCCAGGCAUCCAGAAGGCACUAUUUUUCCGUCCAGCCGAUCCUCGCCUCUUCUCGCGUCUCGUAGGUGCCGCCUACUUCUCCGCCUUUCCACUGAUCGCAUCGGAAGAGAUUGACAAGGCCUAUUUACGCCCCGAGGCAAGCUGGCGCAGGAUGCUGCUCCAACAGCCCCCGACCUCAUUCGUGUAUGAUUGGAAUAUCGCUAAAGUAUACUUGCCCCGCGACAGCACUCUGGAUCCUGGAGGCAUUGAUUGCACCCCGGACGGGGACUUUGUUCGACUGCAGCAUGUCGCGGCCUAUAUUCAUUCCGACUUCCUCUUCCCCGGCGUAUAUCCGUCGAUUUUCUGGGCAGAUGAUCCAGCCGUGCCGUCGGUUCGUCGCACGGUUGAAGUGAGAAACACCGGCUUUUUUCUCUGGCACUACCAGGAGCAAGACUUCAUUGUCAUCACGCAAAGGAUGUUCUGGGCUCGUCACCCGUCUGUAAUUCUUCCGCCUUUGAACCGGGUCGCGUUACGUUCGCCGGGUGUUUGGAAGCGGAAUCCUUGCUCAGAAAAGAAGUUUGACUUGUUAAGAUGGAGAUGUGCGCGUCGCUUUCGUCCUUGCGAGGCCAGUUGGCGGCGCGAGUCCGUGGCCAGUUGGCGGCGCGAGUCCGUGGCCAGUUGGCGGCGCGGGGCGGCCCAGUUUGUAUGGGGGACGGCGCCCCUGGGAGCCGCGCCUGCGCCGCGGAGGGUUUGCACGCGCCUCGCGGGCCCGGCCGGGGCCGGUGGUGCGGCAGGGGGGAGGGCCGGCGGGGGCGGUCCGCCAGUUGGCCCGCCGGGGCAGCGCGGUGUGCGGCCGGGCGGGGGCGGCGGGCCUGGGGCUGGGGCUAUGGGGGAUUUGCUUCGCAGGAGAGAGUACUUUCUGUGA